UUGACACCUGAUUACGAUUUUUAAAAAAUGUCAAAAUCUGACAAUCAGAUGCUAAAACCUGAAAGGGAGGCGUUAAUCCUAAUACAGUUUGAUAUUUCUUAUUUAAAUUAUAUAAAAUGAUUCGCUUCAUUUUAAUACAAAACCGUGCAGGUAAGACUCGGUUAGCUAAAUGGUACAUGAAUUUUGAUGAUGACGAGAAACAGAAGCUUAUUGAGGAAGUCCACGCUGUUGUGACCGUUCGUGAUGCAAAACAUACUAACUUUGUUGAGUUCCGUAAUUUCAAGAUUGUGUAUAGAAGAUAUGCAGGACUCUAUUUCUGUAUAUGUGUGGAUGUGAACGACAAUAAUCUCUGCUACUUGGAGGCUAUACACAACUUUGUUGAGGUUCUCAAUGAGUACUUCCAUAAUGUCUGCGAGUUGGAUCUGGUCUUUAAUUUUUACAAGGUAUACACAGUUGUUGAUGAGAUGUUCCUGGCGGGAGAGAUCAGAGAGACAUCACAGACAAAAGUACUGAAACAGCUUUUAAUGUUGAACUCAUUAGAGUGAACUAUAUUUAUAAAGUAGAGUCUCAUACAUAGAAUUAAAUAAAUAUUUACUUUAUAUUUAUGAAAUCCAAUGAAAUAAUUGUAUAUAAACAAUUUAUUUAAAGUACAGCAUUAUUAUUGUAGACUGUAUUUAAAAGUAUUGAUUAUGUUUAAAGAAAAUCAAAGGUUCUUUUUGAGAUAAUUAAAAAAAGUGGUUUUUCAUAACAAAAUUUAUAGUAUUUAGCCUUAGCUAUAAAUUCCUACAAUGAAUCAUAUAUAUUAGCAUUUUUUUAUUAUCUAAUAUAAAUUUUAAGCUUGUCACCUAUUGCAGCCUAACAAUGCUUUAUAUCUCGCAGAAAAUAUGACAUUACAAAUGGUAAUAGUAAAAGCCGGCAAAGAUAUAAGUUUUGUUAGAUGAAAUGUCUAUUAUAAUUUUGCCAUUUCUGAAAAAACGUAAGCAUCUGUUUUUUAUUUUGGAAAUAUAUCGUAAAACUAUUGAAAAUGUUGCAGAAAUUGAUAUCAAUACAAUAAACCAGUAUAAGGUUUAUUUUAUAAAUAGUUUAUAAAAUGUAUAAUUUAUAAAGUUCGUGUGCUUUAGUGAAUACUCAUUCCACUGUAAAGUAAGGUGUAUUAAAUGUUAUUACAAAUUA